AUGCCACGGUCUCGCUCGAGUCCAGCCCGUACCAGCGCCAGCGGAGAGGCACCAGUUAAAAGCAUACCUCCCUUUUACUGUGCAUAUCUACUCCGCUCGACCGUACGCCAUGCUAGUCUAUACAUUGGUUCUACCCCUAAUCCAGCCCGCCGCCUCGCGCAGCAUAACGGCCGCAUCAAGGGAGGCGCUCAUAGAACCCAUAAGGAAAAGCUGCGGCCGUGGGAGAUGGUCAUGACUGUCAGCGGGUUUACCAGCCGUACCGGGGCUUUGCAGUUCGACUCCAGAUGGGCGUGGCAGAAUACACAGGCUUCUCGCCAUGCAGCGCACAAUGAAACAGAUACCGAUGUUCGAAUAUGCUCCAAAACAGGGAGACGCAUAGCAAAAAAGUCGAGUAGUCCCAGGGAAUCACUGACAAGGAUCAUGGCACGUUUGCAUCUUCUCUUGCGCUCACCGUACUUUUCAAGCUGGCCCUUGGAAGUCCGGUUUUUUAAGACGGAUGUGCAUCUUGUUUGGCAGGGCUGGGUCGAGAGUGCAGAUACGUUUGUUCCAGAAACAAUAAGCUUCAAGACUGAUUUUGACGAUUGUGCCUUAUCUGAGGAUGGUCUACCACUUCAGACUGCUCUUCAGAGGCUUGAUGUUUCAGGGAACAGUCUUAAGUCGUAUAGAGAAAAGACGCAAUUCCUGCUGGAUGCUGGAGACCGGCUUUAUUGUGGUAUUUGCCAUGAACGUCUUCGCUUGGACGAUGAUCUUGUCGUUGUCUGCUCGUGUGAAGCUUGUCGAUGUGCGUCGCAUUUAUUAUGCCUCUCGUCUGCCUUCAUACAGUCUGAAGAUCAGGGCAACGGCCUUGUUCCAACUAGCGGAAGAUGUCCAAGCUGUGGGUCACGCAUCGAAUGGCACAUUCUCAUGAGGGAGAUGACACGCAGAUUUCGGGGCCAUGGUGCCGGAUUAUUCCACAAUCAUGAAGACUCACCAUUUGAGGAAGAGGACCCCUCCAGCCAGCCGCCAGUAACCAGCGAAGAAUCGGGAGGCGAAUUACCCCAACAUACUGGGCACCAGAGCCCCAUCGAUUUGCUUAGUACUGAAGAUGAAGACUUUGGGCCCUCGGCCAUCAAACAUCAGGCGAAAGCGCCCAGGGCUGCCGUAUAUCGAAAAGUUGAUGACUGGGAUGACGUAGACAUAGUGGCAUAA